UCCGGCGGGCGGGCGCUGCUCUCGCUCAGUAAGAACAGGUCCUCGGCCGGCAUCGCUCAGCGGGCAGCAGCCGCAGGAGGAGGUGCUGCGGAGGAAGGCAGGAUGCUGUCCCGACUGCGCGCGGCCGCGGCGCCCUGCGCCCUGGCGCGGCACGGCCUGCACACCAAGGAGAAGGGCAAGCCGCUCAUGCUGAACCCGCGCACAAACAAGGGCAUGGCCUUCACCCUGCACGAGCGACAGAUGCUUGGGCUGCAGGGACUCCUACCUCCCAAAAUAGAGACACAAGACAUCCAAGCCUUGCGCUUCCACAAGAAUUUGGCAAAAAUGACUGACCCCUUGGAAAAGUACAUCUACAUCAUGGGCAUCCAGGAGAGGAACGAGAAGCUGUUCUACAGGGUGCUGCAGGACGACAUCGAGCGCCUGAUGCCCAUCGUGUACACCCCGACGGUGGGCCUGGCCUGCUCCCAGUACGGACACAUCUUCAGGAGGCCCAAAGGAUUAUUUAUUUCCAUCUCAGACAGAGGCCACAUCAGGUCAAUUGUGAACAACUGGCCAGAGAACGACGUUAAGGCUGUCGUUGUCACUGAUGGAGAAAGAAUAUUGGGUCUUGGGGACCUGGGUGUGUACGGGAUGGGAAUUCCAGUGGGAAAGCUGUGUUUGUACACAGCCUGUGCGGGGAUACACCCAGAUAAAUGCCUGCCUGUGUGCAUCGACGUUGGGACUGAUAACCCAACGCUCCUCAAGGACCCCUUCUACAUGGGGCUGUACCAGAAGAGGGAUCGCUCGCAGGUCUACGAUGACCUGAUAGAUGAAUUUAUGGAAGCCAUCACGGACAGGUACGGCCAGAACACGCUCAUCCAGUUUGAGGACUUUGGGAACCACAAUGCUUUCCGCUUCCUGAGGAAAUACAGAGAGAAGUACUGUACCUUCAACGACGACAUUCAAGGGACAGCCUCGGUGGCCUUGGCAGGACUGCUGGCAGCACAGAAAGCCACUGGGAAACCACUGACAGACCAGAAAGUGCUGUUCCUUGGGGCGGGAGAGGCCGCCCUGGGAAUUGCCAACCUGAUUGUGAUGGCCAUGAUGGAAAGCGGUGUUUCCUGUGAGGAGGCCUACAGGAGAAUAUGGAUGUUUGACAAGCACGGCUUGCUGGUCCAGGGCCGAGAGCAGAAGGUGGAUUCCAACCAGGAGCCGUUUACACAUCAGCCUCCAGAGCACAUACCAAAGACGUUUGUCGAGGCAGUGAAUGUACUUCGGCCUUCAGCUAUCAUCGGCGUUGCUGGGGCAGGACGCCUGUUCUCCCAGGAUGUGCUGAAAGCCAUGGCUUCCAUCAACGAGCGACCCAUCAUAUUCGCGCUGAGCAACCCCACGGUGAAGGCCGAGUGCACGGCAGAGGAGGCGUACACCACGACUGAGGGCCGCUGCCUGUUUGCCAGCGGCAGUCCCUUCGAGCUGGUGACGCUCAAGGAUGGAAGAACCUUCAAGCCAGGCCAAGGAAACAACGCGUACAUUUUCCCAGGCGUGGCUCUGGCGGUGAUCCUCAGCAGCGUCCGGCACAUCAGCGAUAAGGUUUUCCUAGAGGCUGCCAAGGCCUUGGCGGAGCAGUUGACAGAUGAAGAGCUCGCACAAGGAAGACUUUAUCCUCCGCUGUCCAAUAUCAGGGAAGUUUCUAUUUAUAUUGCUGUCAAGGUGAUGGAGUUCCUGUACGCCAACAACAUGGCCUUCCACUACCCCGAGCCCGCCGACAAGGACCGCUACAUCCGCUCCAAGGUCUGGACCUACGAGUACGAGUCCUUCAUGCCGGACGUGUACGACUGGCCCGAGUCCAAGGUGCACUGACGCGCCGCACUCCUCAGGCAGCACCGCCUACUCUGCAGGGAUCCCUUCUCACAACAACUAAAAUCACCGUCUUGGGCUCCUCUAAUUUAUUCGCGCUCAUUUUGUUGCCUUUUUUUUUGUUUGUUUUGUUUUUCCCCCCUUCCUUACACCCCGUUUUUUACCUGGUUUCUCCCAAGUACCUGACGAACGGUGUGGAUGACAGCCACAGGGAUGAGAGAGCCCUCCAAAAUUAAUUUAAACGAUGACAUUGCACUUCUAGCUCAGAGCCAGCACCACACUGAAGAACUCCAUUGAUGAUGUUUUCCACUCCGUGUGUUUGGUGAUGGACUGUAGCUCUCUCAUCUCUGCUGAUCUCCAGAAUGAUUUAUUUCUGCCUUUAAUAAUCAGUCUUCUAAUUGUCCUAGUGCUGUCACACUGCAUUAGCUGUGGCAUCAAGGGAGACCACUUCUCAUAAAAAAAAAAAAAAAAGGAAAAAAGGGG